UGUCGUUCCUCGUGGUUGGCCAGCCGUAUGGCGGAACCAGGCCGCCGAGGAAACGCCUUCGCUUGUCAAACUCCCGAUAAGAUUUCCUUCGGUCUUUCCGCGCGAUGUCACCCAUUUUCCCGUGACUCUUCCUGCGAGUCCCCACCUUCGCUGUCUCACUCAUACGCUGCCUCUUGCUCCGUUUCGUCCUAUCUCCGAUCAACGCCCUCGAACGCAACGAUUCGGUGAAGAAGGAGAACGGGAGAGAACGGAGAACAUGUCGGACGAGGAGGUGUACAUCGGUUCGGUCGACCAAGGGACUACCAGUACGAGGUUUAUCAUCUACGAUCGCAGCGCUCGGGCGAUCGCGUCUCACCAGGUUGAGUUCACUCAGUUCUACCCAGAAGCCGGAUGGGUGGAGCAUGAUCCGAUGGAGAUGCUGGAGAGUGUCAAAGUGUGUAUAGCCAAAGCGAUCGACAAGGCAACAGCCAGUGGCUACAACGUGGAUGGAGGAUUGAAGGCCAUCGGAUUGACCAAUCAGAGAGAGACCACUCUUGUUUGGAGCAAAUCCACCGGUUGUCCUCUCUAUAAUGCCAUUGUUUGGAUGGAUGCUCGUACCAGCUCCAUCUGCAGGAAAUUGGAGCAAGAAUUACCAGGGGGAAGAACCCAUUUUGUGGAGACUUGUGGUUUACCAAUAAGCACAUACUUCAGUGCAGUGAAGCUGCUGUGGUUGAAGGAAAAUGUUGAUGCUGUUAAAGAGGCGUUGCAGAAAGGCGAUGCUUUGUUUGGAACUGUGGACACUUGGUUAAUAUGGAAUCUGACUGGAGGCGUAGAUGGGGGUGGCUUACACGUCACUGAUGUCUCAAACGCAUCGAGAACAAUGCUCAUGAAUCUUAAAACACUAGACUGGGAUCAGCCUACGCUGGAUACAUUGGGGAUUCCUGCUGAAAGUCUUCCUAAAAUCAUAAGCAAUUCUGAGGUGAUAGGAGAAAUUGCCAAAGGGUGGCCAAUUCCUGGAGUUCCUAUCUCUGGAUGUCUCGGUGACCAACAUGCUGCAAUGCUUGGACAAGCCUGUCGGAAAGGUGAGGCCAAAAGCACUUAUGGAACUGGUGCUUUCAUACUUCUGAACACGGGUGAGGAGGUGAUUCAAUCAAAACAUGGACUGUUAAGUACUCUGGCAUUUAAGCUUGGGCCAGAUGCUCCGACAAACUAUGCCUUGGAGGGUUCAAUUGCUAUUGCCGGAGCUGCUGUUCAGUGGCUCAGAGACAGCCUUGGUAUAAUCAGUAGUGCCAGUGAGAUCGAGGAUUUGGCAUCGAGUGUUGAGUCCACUGGCGGCGUCUACUUUGUGCCUGCUUUUAAUGGCCUAUUUGCUCCGUGGUGGCGCGAUGAUGCACGGGGGGUUUGUAUUGGAAUCACGAGGUUCACAAACAAGUCUCAUAUUGCUCGAGCCGUGCUUGAGAGCAUGUGCUUUCAAGUCAAAGACGUGCUGGAUUCAAUGCACAAAGAUGCCGGAGAAAAGGGCGAGGCUAAGAAUGAGAAGGGGGAGUUUUUGCUUAGAGUGGAUGGGGGUGCAACUGUCAACAACCUUUUGAUGCAAAUUCAGGCGGACCUGCUGGGAAACCCGGUGGUGAGACCUGCGGACAUAGAGACAACAGCGCUUGGAGCAGCUUAUGCCGCCGGAUUGGCAGUCGGAAUAUGGACAGAGAAUGACAUCUUCGACUCCGGAGAAAGGGCGGAGAACGUGACGAUCUUUCGCCCCAAGUGGGAUGAAGGCCUGAGGAAGAAGAAGGUGGAUUCUUGGUGCAAGGCUGUUUCUAGGACAUUUGACUUGGCUGAUCUGUGUCUCUUAUGAGCGAAGUUGUUUCCAAGUGUACUGUGUGUUUAUCCUUCUCUUUUCCUGAUCUAUUACUAGUCAAAGGGCUCUCUUGUUUCCUCUGCACUUAAUAAUAUGAAUUUUGACCUUUGUAAA